AUGGAAGCAAUUCUGGACGCACUACUAGACGUACCAAGCAACGACGCCGAGUUCGACGGUCUCUGGAAGAGGAUGAUGGAGACGACGCCGAGCGCACCAGGGCUGUUCCUGUCGCCACCUCAGCGGCAGAGCAAACCAAGCUCCGACCAGAACAUCGCCACGGCAGCAGACCAGCCCACGACCAUCGGCUCGCCCAGCGUCGCGACCGACUCACCUGCGCCAUCUAAACCGUCCCGCGCCAAGCCGGUCCUGGCCAUCCGUGCGCCGCCCCUAGGACUGAUACAGGGAGCAAAACCGGCGAAGCGUCUUACUUCCCGGCCGGCCCAGAAGAGACCACCACCGGUCAUUGGCGUGCGGAUCCAGCGAUCUUCCGCAGCCAAUGCGAGAAAAUGGGCUGCACUCAUGGCCGAGCCAUCCCUGCCGAGCAACAGCAAUCAGCGGCGAGGCAACCCACGGCAACCCGCGCCAUCCAGACGACGACGAAUCGCACCGGCAGAGAGACGAAAGGAGACUUUGGUCGCCCUCUUCGGUGACCCAUUGUCUGACUUAGAGGAGGAGCCCGCGAGCAAGGCGCCAGCCACCGCGUCCUGCGAACCUCUACCGCUGCCCGCGGCCGGGCCAGGGCACCCAGCGCGACCGACGACGGCCGACCCACGGGUCCACGCCAUCACCAACGCGCCGCGGAAGGUCGCCGAUCCCGCACUACCAACCAGUACUAGGGCACGGAAGCAAAGAGCACCAUGCAGUAACGCCGCCAACGCACCGCCAGGAGGCGAUCACCGAGUUCCCCGCCGGCGCCCCCACCCCUCCCCAACAACGUGA